AUGGAACAACUGGAGCAGCUCACCAUGUUGCAGCUGCCGCCCUGGCUUUGGCGCCGCUCGGCGGUGUUGGCACCGCUGGUCUUGGUGCUGAGGCUUUUAGACGCCGAGGCACAAGGCGGUUCACGCGUGGGCUGGUCCUUGGUCAAUGCGCUGGGACGUUUGUGCGGGCAGAUCAACCUGACGCAUUUGUUUGUCCUUCAACUGCACCGUGGCUUUGCAGCAGGGAACAAUGGCAUCAGCCGCGAUGAUAUUGAGCUGCCCGCCAGUGCCAGUGAAUUUCUGAAGCUGGUGGCUGGGAUCUUCAUGUGCUCCACUGUGAUCGCGGCAGUGCUCUUCGUGUUCCUUGAAGCGCCGGCACAGGCUUUACUUGCCCGGCGGCGCCUUAUCACCGCACACAGCAAUGGGACAAGCAACGGGGUGGCCAACGGUCAUCGGAGAUAG